CGUGUUGUUGCCCUCUACGUUGGUUGGUCUUAUGCAUGCAGGGCUGCCUCUUUAUGCUAUGUCUGUUUGUUAAUUUAUGUACCGGUACGUGCGGAAAUCCCCGCGGAGAUCAUGAACCCUCUUACCAACGUGAAGAAUAUCAACAAGCUGAAUGAGCUUGAAGCGGAAUUUGGCGUUUCAAGUUCUGCUUCAUGGCAUCAGCAAUACAAGGAUAGUGCAUACAUCUUUAUCGGAGGGCUGCCCUUUGAGCUGACAGAAGGUGACGUCCUAUGUGUAUUUUCCCAGUAUGGAGAGAUUGUUAACAUCAACCUAGUGAGGGAUAAAAAGACAGGAAAGUCCAAGGGAUAUUGCUUCAUUGCCUAUGAGGAUCAACGUAGCACCAUCUUAGCGGUUGAUAACUUCAAUGGUAUCAAGCUGAAGGGUAGGACACUGAGGGUAGACCAUGUGAACGAGUAUCGCAAGCCCAAGGAUGAUGACGAUAUUGACGAUGCUACCAAGAAGCUUAGAGAAGAAGGAUGCGCUCCCAAGACACCUCCAACAUCCAAUGACGAGGAGGAGGAGGAUCUAGUGCUACCAAUAAAAGAUGGUGAUAGACAAUCAGCAAAGAAGAAGUCAAAGAAAGAAAAGAAGAAAAAGAAAAGGACACGUGACCAUGAUGACAAAGCAUCAACUCCUCCGAGGAAAGUGAAAAUGGAAGAAGAUGAGGACUAUGGCAGAAAGAAAGAAAAGUCAAAGAAAGGUGAUGAGAAAGAAAGAAGAGCUGAUGAAGAGAAGUAUCAUACAUCAAGAAGGUACGAAGAUGAUGAAUCCAAGGUUAAGAGAAAGGAAGAUGGGCAGAGAGAUCGCAACGAUCGCUGGGAUAGGGAACGGGAGGACAGACCAAGGAUGGAGAGAAAGGAGAGAGAAGGAGGGUGGAGGAAUAUGGAUGGAGAAAGGAGGGAUAGAGAGGAGAGGAGAAGAGAGAGAGAUGACAAGAGUGAACAUAGAGAUAGAGAGAAGGAAAGAAAUAGGCGAGACAGGGACAGAGAAAGGCAACGGGAUAGGAGAGAUGUGGAUGGGGAAAGGGAGAGAGAGAGAAGGGAUAGGUAUAGAUGAGAUGGAAAGUUUGUUUUCCUAGAGAUCUGUGAGGCCGUUCUCAUUACACUUUCUAAAACUGGUUUACUGGAAAUCAGGAAACCA